CCUGAGGGGAAGAAAUCUUGGCCGGGCGAGGCCGCGCAGCUUCUUCUCCUUCUUCUUUUUCUUCUUCUUCUUCUUCUUCUUUUCUCCCGGCGGGGGGGUCGAUGGAGGCGCUUCCCUCGCGGGACGAGAAGGCGAACCCUUCGCGGGAUGCCAACUUCUGCUCGCGGCUUUUCUUCUGCUGGCUAAACCCUUUAUUCGUUAUUGGUCAUAAACGGAAACUAGAAGAAGAUGAUAUGUACAAAGUACUCACUGAAGAUUCCUCUAAGGUGCUCGGGGAAAGACUGCAAUGGUACUGGGAUAAAGAAGUACAAAAGGCUGAAAAAGAAGCAAGAACACCACAUCUGACAAAAGCAAUUAUACUUUGUUACUGGAAAUCUUAUUUAGUGCUGGGUUGUUUUACAUUAGUUGAGGAAACUCUGAUACUAAUUCAGCCAGUAUUUCUAGGGAGGAUUAUUGUGUAUUUUGAAAAGAUUGGUUCUUCACAAGCUGACGAAAAUGCUUUGGCCUAUGCCUACGGCUCUGCUGCAGCCUUAUCUGUGUGCACUUUGAUUCUGGCCAUCACUCAUCAUCUGUAUUUUUAUCAUGUACAACGUGCUGGCAUGAAGCUGAGGGUAGCCAUGUGCCAUAUGAUUUAUCACAAGGCACUUCGUUUGAGUAAUGCAGCCAUGUCAAAAACUACAACUGGUCAGAUAGUAAAUCUUUUAUCAAACGAUGUGAAUAAAUUUGAUCAGGUAACUAUUUUCUUGCAUUUCUUAUGGGCUGGACCCCUUCAGGCGAUAGCUGUGACUGUCCUUCUGUGGCUUGAGAUUGGCCCGUCCUGCCUUGCAGGAAUGGCGGUGCUGAUUAUUCUUCUUCCCUUGCAAACCUGCAUUGGCAGACUCUUCUCAGCUCUGAGGAGUAGGACUGCAGCCUUCACAGAUGCAAGGAUCAGGACUAUGAAUGAGGUUAUAACUGGAAUGCGGAUCAUAAAGAUGUACGCCUGGGAAAAGUCAUUUGCUGAACUUGUGAACAACAUGAGAAGAAAGGAGAUUUCGGUGGUUCUUAAGAGUUCUUACCUUCGUGGAAUGAACUUGGCAUCCUUCUUCAUUGCCAGCAAAAUCACAGUGUUUAUGACAUUCAUGACCUACGUGUUGCUUGGCAAUCUGAUUUCAGCGAGUCGGGUGUUUGUCGCUGUCUCUCUGUAUGGUGCAGUGAGGCUGACAGUCACUCUAUUCUUCCCGGCGGCCAUUGAGAAAGUAUCUGAAGCAUUGGUCAGCAUUAGACGAAUCAAGAACUUUCUAAUCCUUGAUGAAAUUUCUCAGUUUAAACCACAACUCAGAAGUAACAUUGAAAGUCCUUUCCUUAACGUACACCAUUUGACUUGCGCCUGGGACAAGACCAUGGAAAUGGCAACACUUCAAGACAUUUCAUUUACUGUCAAACCAGGAGAAUUACUCACCGUGAUUGGCCCCGUGGGAGCGGGAAAGUCUUCACUCUUGAGUGCUGUCCUGGGUGAGCUGUCUACAAUCAAAGGUUUUAUGGAUGUCCAAGGAAAAAUAGCUUAUGUUUCUCAGCAACCCUGGGUGUUUUCUGGCACAGUAAGAAAUAACAUACUCUUUGGAAAAGAAUAUCGAAAGGAAAAAUAUGAGAAGGUUUUAAGAGUCUGUGCUCUUAAAAAAGAUAUUGAGCAGCUGGAAGAUGGAGACCUAACAAUGGUUGGAGACAGAGGAGCUACUUUGAGCGGUGGACAAAAAGCCAGGAUUAAUCUUGCUAGAGCUGUGUACCAGGAUGCCGACAUCUAUCUUUUGGAUGAUCCAUUAAGUGCAGUGGAUGCAGAAGUGAGCAGGCAUUUGUUUGAAAAGUGUAUUUGUCAGACUUUGCAUAAAAAAGUGUGCAUUUUAGUGACUCACCAGUUGCAAUAUUUACGAGCUGCAAGCCAGAUCUUAAUUUUAAAAGAGGGUAAGGAGGUAGGGAAAGGUACUUUCUCAGACUUCCUUAAAUCUGGAAUAGAUUUUGCUUCCCUUUUGAAAAAAGAUGAGGAUAAUGAUCAACCACCAUCUCCAGGGACACCCAGCCACCAGUUGACUAGGAUUCGUACAUUUUCUCAGUCUUCCCUGUGGUCCCUGGAGUCUUCGGUUCAGUCACAGAAAGAUGGAACUGCUGGACCACCAGCUAUGGGACCACUCCUAACCGCACUGCCAGAAGAAAGUCGAUCAGAAGGAAAAAUUGGCUUUACCAUUUAUAAGAAGUACUUUUCUGCUGGUGCAAAUUAUUUUGUAAUUUUUAUACUUUUAGUUCUCAAUAUUUUGGCACAGGUUACUUAUGUACUCCAGGAUUGGUGGCUUUCUUAUUGGGCAAACCAGCAAGUAAUGCUAAAUGUCACUAGAAUGGAAUAUGGUGGGCAAAAUAUCACAGAAAAUCUGGAUCUUCCCUGGUAUUUAGGAAUGUAUGCAGGUUUAACUGUGACUACGAUACUUUUCAGUAUACUGAGGAGCCUAAUUAUGUUUCACAUUUUGGUUAACGCAGCUCGGACUUUACAUGACAAAAUGUUUCAGUCGGUUUUGAGAACUCCAGUGCUGUUUUUUGACAGAAACCCUAUUGGAAGAAUCCUAAAUCGUUUCUCCAAAGAUAUUGGCCAUUUGGAUGACUUGUUGCCACUAACAUUCUUGGACUUUGUACAGACCUUUCUUCAGGUGUGUGGGGUGGUCGGCGUGGCAAUUGCUGUGAUACCCUGGAUUCUCAUCCCAUUGGUUCCUCUUCUUAUUGUUUUCAUAUUUCUUCGACGCUACUUUUUGGAUACAUCAAGAGAUAUCAAACGUUUGGAAUCUACCACUCGAAGCCCAGUUUUUUCUCAUUUAUCAUCAUCUCUUCAGGGACUUUGGACAAUUCGUGCUUUUCAAGCACAGCAAAGAUUCCAAGAAUUAUUUGAUGCACACCAAGACCUACACACAGAAGCUUGGUUCCUAUUUCUGACUACGUCUCGCUGGUUUGCUGUACGCUUGGAUGCCAUCUGUGCCAUCUUUGUCAUAGUGAUGGCCUUUGGCUCUUUGCUACUUGCACAGACUCUUGAUGCUGGAAAGGUGGGCCUUGCUUUAUCCUAUGCAAUCACUCUCACAGGAAUGUUCCAGUGGGGAGUUCGGCAAAGUGCAGAAGUUGAAAAUCUGAUGAUAUCAGUGGAACGAGUAAUGGAAUACACCGAAUUGGAACAGGAAGCAUCAUGGCAUACACACAAACGUCCACCAGCGGAGUGGCCAACUGAAGGAGUGAUUGCAUUUGAUGAUGUGAACUUCGCCUACAGUGCAAAUGGUCCUUUAGUGUUGAAACAUUUGUCUGCUUUAAUUAAAUCUAAAGAAAAAGUUGGAAUUGUGGGAAGAACAGGAGCUGGCAAAAGCUCUCUAAUAGCUGCUCUUUUCCGGUUGGCCGAGCCCCAAGGAAGAAUUUGGAUUGAUAAAUAUUUGACAUCAGAACUAGGACUUCAUGACUUGAGGAAGAAAAUUUCAAUCAUACCUCAGGAGCCAGCUUUAUUUGCUGGGACUAUGAGGAAGAAUUUGGAUCCUUUCAAUGAAUAUAGUGAUGAAGACUUGUGGAAUUCUUUAGAAGAGGUCCAAUUGAAAGAAGCAAUAGAAGACCUACCUGACAAACUGGAGGCACAAUUGGCAGAAUCUGGAUCUAAUUUUAGCGUUGGCCAAAGACAACUGGUGUGCCUGGCCAGGGCUAUCCUGAAGAAGAAUAAAAUACUGAUCAUCGAUGAAGCAACUGCAAAUGUUGACCCGAGAACAGAUGAGCUGAUUCAAAAGACAAUCCGUGAAAAGUUUGCCCAGUGUACUGUUUUGACAAUUGCACACAGAUUGAACACCAUCAUCGACAGUGACAGGAUUAUGGUCUUAGAUCUGGGACGCCUGAAAGAAUAUGAUGAGCCAUACAUUUUGCUGCAAGAAAAGGAGAGCCUGUUUUACAAGAUGGUUCAACAACUGGGUAAGGCUGAAGCUCUCUCCAUCCUAGAAACAGCCAAACAGGUUUAUUUUAAGAAGAAUUAUCCUGAAUUUACUCCAAGUGAUCAAGCAGUCACCAGUUCAUCAAUAUCUGAAUCUCAAGGACUAAUAAUUUUUGAGACUGCGCUAUGAUCUUAUGCAAUCAUUGGGAGGGGGCAGGUUCUCUUUUCUUGUCCUUUUAACAGAAUGUAACCCUAUCAAAAGACAGACGAAUCUUACAAUUCAUUCAAGCUGUUUUUGCACUGGAAUAUUAAUUGUCACACAAGAAGAAAAAAAAUAUUUUUAAAUAGUCCUUGCUCCUUAUAUUUACAUACAAUAUUGUUCAGAAUUUUUUUAAGAAUUGUAUUUCUGAAAGUGCCUAAUUUUCUGGAUUUAGCAAAAAAGAAGCUUGCUCCACAAAAUCUGAAGCCCAGUUCUACGAUGGAUAAAUUUGCUCAGGAAUUCAGAACUUCCUCAUUUGCUCUAAUAAUGCCAUAGCAGAGAGACAUUGCACUGUAAGAUUCCUGAAUGUGCUGCUGUUACAUCAUCCAUGGUCUGAUUUAUACUUAUGUCCUUUAUAUGGUGUAGCUUUGUUAUUCACAGGUAGAGAAAUGUAUUUGUGUAGUUGUGCUGUUAAUUUCUGUUUUUCAAUCAGUACAAACUUUCACCCGAAUCAGCUUCCUGUGUGAGAAUCCUUAAAGCCAAAUCUGCUGUAUUCCAGAAGCUCAGUCUUUAAAGGAGAAGCAGAAUAAAUGGUGAUGCUUUAACACCGAACACUACUACCCAGACCCAUAUAAUAUCUAUCCUCUGUUUUUGAUCCCCUCGCUCUACUGUGCAUUGAUAGCCAGUGAGCCGUAUUUCAUUUAGAGAUCAAAUAGGGCAUACAUAUUUUUAUUCACUGCUGUGCUACCCUUGACACAUUGAAACCCCUGGUGCUGGACACCUCUUAUAGUUGUAGGACACCUUUCUCAGGUGGGGGAAAUGUGGUUUUCUAGUUUUGCACAUUAAAAACAAGUUUGGAAAGAGCAAGAUCAUGGUACCUUAAGACAUGUAAAUCCUUAAAUCCAUGGGCAGUUAUGCUUAAAUUGGAACUUUCAAACUUGGCUGUUACAAGAAAAGAGUUACAUCCUUCACUGCAAUGUUUUGCAAAUAAUAUUUUACCUUUAAUUGGGAAAUAAUCUUAGUACCACAAACUAUUUUAUAUCUGGCAAUUUAAAUUUUCUAAAUUUUAAUAGUUUUAAUAUAGGCAGUAAAAUGCUACCAGAGACAAAGCACUGGUGUCAACAGUAGUUCCCUGCUACUGGUUACAUGGAUACUUCCCGAGGAUCAAUCCCAGUAGAAGAAAAAUGUGAAAAAAUGUAGUGGUAUCUAUCUGUAAAUCAGGGUAAGAGAAGAUGCUAUUAUUCUGUGCAAUGCUUCACAAGUAUUUCCUUUCAGUAGCAUUUCUGUUUGUAUAUUUUGCCAACCGAUACAGGUAAAAAGUUCAAUUCUGAUUCUACUGUCAUCAGUUCACUGUAUGCAUUUAUUGUGCCUUACUGAAUCUCAAACCAAGUGUAUUGAAAAUACAUUAAUUUAAUGAUG